AAUAGUAGGGAUAUUGAUUUUUUUCCCUGGAAGAUCAAUUAAUAACAUGGCUUUCUAUGUAAAACGGGGCGAAAUGCAAAGUAGAUCGAGGACUGGAGGCUGCAGCUUUCUGUGGAGAAGUGUUUUCUGAAUCUUCUGUCAAUGCUGAAGGAGCACACCGCAAAGCGACCCUGGAACCUGAAAACAGUUACAAGAUUUUGACAUCAUGGCAUCCUGUGAUAUAUUUAUAAUACUGAUAAGUCUCAGUGUUAUACAAGCUCGAGCGCACGUACUUGAUGACGUCAUAUCGUCGGUGUUCCGAGGGUACAAGAGUGAAGUGCGGCCAUAUUGUAACAAAGCAAACAACACGGUGGUGGUAACCAUUGAUAUCGGCGUCAGGCAGGUUGUGGAUCUGAAUGAACCUAAACAAACUAUCAACAUCGGAGCCUGGAUGAGAAUGAACUGGUUAGACUGUAGACUGAGAUGGAACAAAACUCUGUUUAACGACAUUGAGACUUUUGCUGUACCGCAAAAUAAAAUUUGGAUUCCUGACGUCACUCUGUACGAUACCGAUGCAGUGGCUGGACUCCCCGGUAUGAGAGACUACCGGGCUGUUGUUCAUAGCAGUGGCGCAGUGAAAUACCAGUUUCCUUCCAAUAUUAAAGCUUCCUGUAAAAUCGACGUCUUUCACUUCCCCUUUGACACCCAGACCUGUCGUCUGGUGUUCGGUUCCUGGAUUUACACUGGGUCUGAGGUGAACCUUGUCAACAAAAGCGACACAAUGGAUAUGUCUAGCUUCAUAGAAAACACAGAGUGGGAGGUCGUCAGAGCAGACGCUAUGAAUGUCGUCAACUAUUACGGAGACCAGAUUUACCCAACUUUCGAAUGCGUGUUAAGGUUGAGGAGAAAACCUCUGUUCUACGUUAUGAACCUGCUAUUUCCUUGCUUUGUGGUGUCUUUCAUGGCUGCCCUGGGUUUUGUGCUUCCACCAGAAGCUGGGGAGAAGGUGAAUCUAGAGAUAACAAUCUUGCUGUCCCUGGCUGUUUUUCAGUUAGUUAUUGUGAACAUGAUUCCAGCUUCCGGAGAAAAGGCACCAUUGCUAGCAAUAUAUUUCUUGGCGUCCAUGGUGUUGGUUGGAUUUUCCUGUCUCAUGACCGUUGUUGUCCUAAACAUACAUUACAAAAACAACGGGCGAGUCUCACCGCGAAUCAGGAAAUACGUCAUUCGACCGCUCAAGAAGAUCACAUGUUUACACACAGAACAAAAGCAUGACAAAAAUGAUAAUUUGUACACCACGCAGUAUGAUAACGAAGAAACCGUAUUCAAGAAUUGUCAACGCCAACCUGUUGAUAUUAACUCAGAUGAGAACAAUGAGCACCCCAAAGGGACGAGAUUUCAAAAACAAUUACUAGAUAUUCUGAUUGAGAUCAGAGAUUGCAUUUCAUCAAUUGUGGCCAAUCAAAAGAGGGACUCGGAGCCUUCUGAUUGGUCAAUUUUAGCCAUUGCCUUGGAUCGAAUUUUUCUGAUUGGAUACUUAGUGUUCACGUUUGUGGUGUCACUUUCCAUAAUGCUUACUGCUUCAUCUGGAGACUGAUUGCAUAAAAAAGCUUGCAUUUUUUCCGUUGAGAUGAGUUAAGGUGGAAUUACACACCUGUCAAAAGUCACUCAAAUUAGCAAUAAAUUAUUUGAUUAUGAAAGAUAUAAUGAUAAAUGAACAGUUCAUAUGUCAAAUAAGCGAAAAAUUUGUAGUUUGGGGACAAAAAAUGAAUAUCUAAAAAAUAUCAAAUCAGUAAGUAACAACAAAAGCCCUUGUGGGAUUCGAACUCCAGAUGUACAGAUCACAAGCCCGACACUUUAUCCACUCGACUAUAGUGUAACAAGUCACUUGUUACCGUCGUCAUUUUAAUAAAUCGAAAUGUCGUUUUGAUCAGAGGUCAGCCAUUUUGUGAUGAUGUGUUAUUCCACUUUAAAGGUAAAUGGCGACAUCGUGUACUUUUUUGCUUAUAAGAAAAUCAUUAACAAAAUAGAUUUAUUCAUUUACAAACAUACAAUGUCAUCAGUGCAAAUAAUUAUAUUUUACACAUGUAAAUGUUCCAUCAUAGACCAUAAAAAGAUAUUCAAAACUAUAGCUAUAUUCUUUGAUUUUGAACAAUAUAUUUUAGCUGCUCUGUGAGAGAGAAAUAUUAUCUUUGAGACAAUGAUGUCUUUGAAAUCUUGAAAUGCGAAAUAUAUAUACACGUGGCGACAAAUUUGCCUAAAGAGAUAAGUAGAUAAAAGAAAUUCUACCAAUAUUUUGUUUUUUCAUUUUACAUAACCAUAUAAUUCAAACCAAUGUGUAGACAAUAGGAUUGAUUUUAUUUUUUUUAAGGUUGUCAAAGUCUUAACUGUUAUUGUGUUUGUUCCAGUUUUGCGAGCGCCUAGUUGAAUAAAUAUAGUAUGUAGAUUAUAGUAUGCUUUUCAAUUGAUAAAAAACACUGUGUAUGCAAAU